GUUAGGCUACUGGUUCUGUUUGUUUUGUGCAUUAAUUCUGCCUGUGACUGGUGGCUCAGUAUAUUAAUAAAUGCUUGUCCAUAACUGACCCUGUGUUUUCUUGCUUGAGAAACCAAAGUGGACAGUGGACAUACUUAAAUUGGAUUGAACAGUGAACUUCAGUUCUUUCUAGGGACACGGUGAAACAAGCCUUUCAACUGACCACACACUAAACACCUUCUGAUCUGCCCUGAAGUUAAACACUAUCAUCAAAAUGUUUUGCGGAGACUAUGUUCAGGGUACCAUCUUCCCAGCUCCGAAUUUCAACCCCGUGAUGGAUGCCGAGUUGCUGGGAGGCGCGCUCCAGGGAUUCGGCUGUGACAAGGACCUGCUGAUCGACAUUCUGACCCAGCGCUGCAACACCCAGAGGCUGCUGAUCGCCGAGGCUUACCUGGGUGCCUUCGGCCGGGACCUGGUUGGGGACUUGAAGGAGAAGCUUUCCAAUCACUUCAAGGACGUCAUGGUCGGCCUCAUGUACCCCCCACCCUCGUAUGAUGCCCACGAGCUGUGGCAUGCCAUGAAGGGAGCAGGGACUGAUGAGAACUGCCUCAUUGACAUACUGGCUUCGAGAACAAACAGAGAAAUUUUCCAGAUGCGAGAAGCCUACUAUUUGCAAUACAGCCGCGACCUGCAGGAGGACAUCUACUCAGAGACCUCAGGACACUUCAGAGACAUGCUCGUGAGCUUGGUCCAGGGAACCAGGGAGGAAGGAUACGCGGACCCAGCCACGGCCACUCAAGACGCGAUGGUGCUGUGGCAGGCAUGCCAGCAAAGGACGGGGGAGCACAAGACGCUUCUGCAAGUGAUGCUAUGUAACAAGAGCUGCCAGCAGCUGGGCCUGGUUUUCCAGGAAUUUCAGAAUAUUUCCGGGCAAGACAUAGUAGACGCCAUUAAUGAGUGUUACGAGGGAUACUUCCGAGAGCUGCUAGUAGCUACUGUUCUCUGUGUUCGAGACAAACCAGCCUAUUUUGCUUAUAGACUGUAUAAUGCAAUCCAUGACUUGGGCUUCCACAAUAAAACCGUGAUCAGGAUUCUAAUCUCCAGAAGUGAAAUCGACCUGAUGAGCAUAAGGAAGCGAUACAAAGAGAGAUACGGGAAGUCCCUUUUCCACGACAUCAAGAAUUUCGCGUCAGGGCACUAUGAGAAGGCUCUGCUGGCCAUCUGUGCUGGUGACACUGAUGACUACUAAGUGAAAAGGAGAAUCUGGAGUACGCGCUCAUCUUCACAGACACGUCACAUAUAGGCUGUGAUUAAUUUGCCUUGUUAGGAGCAUUAUUAUGAAACUAUAGAAUGAUAUUUUCUUUUCUCUCUUUUAAAGUAUUUUAAGAAUAAUUAGUAUCAAUAGGUUCGUCAAGAAAAACCUAUUGAUGAAAGUA